AUGUCAUGUUUGUCCGAGGAAUUGAGACGUUUCUUUGUUGUUUCAAGGUUUUACCUAGCUACGCCGUACCCGAGCUUGAAAUGGGCUCUUUCUUUUGCCCGCCGCACCACAUACGGUACCGCACUCGUCACGGGUCUGCGUCUGUCUGAAUCGCCAAUUCUGCACACAUGUUUCUUGUAUCGUGCUUGCAGCCACCCCAUGCCCGAUUGUGGCGGCUAUGCUUCCUCUUAG